CCGUUACGACGCUGGAGGGGCGAUCUUCCGUUCACUCCAGUCGCAGGUUCUGCAGUCGAGAUCCACCCGCCACGAGCGAUGGACACACACGCGUAAGCCACCCUCCCCGCCCGUGCGAGCGGCUCGACCAAAUGUAUUCACAGAGAAGAGCACAGUUUUCCAAAAAGGCCAGAGGCCCGAGUAGCAGCGGUUGGACUCAUCAAGUUCUUGGAUGGUUGAUCGUUUGAUUCGCCCGUCGUGAGAAUCAUGACCCUUGGAUGCGUUUAUUGUGGCUGCGCUGGCAUCCUGCUGUCCCUCGCGUCGUGCCUGCCGGCCCGGGCCGCCCUCGCCACGGCCACGGCCGCCCCGCCCGGGGCCCCGCCGGCCACGAGGAUCGCUCCCGUUCCGCCCGGCGCCCCCGAAUGGCCCACCUGGGCACGGCCCGCCGCAGCCAGCAGGAGUGAUGUACUUGAGGAACAUGAACACGUCCUGGUCAGCGACGGACCCGCUCGGGCGAAGUCGUCGUCUACGUCGUCGCCCGAGGCGAGGAGGUUCCGCGACGGCCUCCGUGACGGUCCUCCCCAUCGACACGCGGCUCAUGACCGAGAGGGCGCGACCAUGGUGGGCGCGGCCGGCCCGCGGCCCGUCCCGGACGCCGUGUACGGCAGCAUGUACGCCAGGCCCGCGCCCGCAGAGUUCAGCCACCGCGAGGACGAGCCGCCCACGGCCUACAUGUGGGACGAGGACGACACGCACGCGGCACCCCCUUCAGGUGACAUCGUACUGGACGUGGCUCUUCCACACAAAGAGGGCGAGGAUCACGGAAAAACUGCAAGGGGGCCAGUCGUUGUGCGUGGGCCUCCAUUCAACUCAGUGGCGAUAGGAUUCCUAGUUUAUCUCAUCCUGCUGACGGUGCUUCAGACCUCGAUCCUGAACGUGACGACGAAGCAGGGGCUCCUCGGACUGCUGCGGCCUGCGAGGGCGGUGGCGGAGCGCCGGGCCGCGGAUCCUCUUCUGGACACGCUGGACCCCGUGCUCGUGGCCGCCGUCCUCGACUCCGAUCAACUCACCCUCGGUGGACCUCGACGCGGCAGAGGGUGGAAUGCACCGCGACGAACUGACGGUGCUGUGGCAGCUUCAAAUCCUUCAAAUUUGGCCAAAACCUUUAAAAUGUGACAUUUCUUUUGCGUGGUCUAGGACCACACUAACAUUACUCGAAGAAAGGGAAAUUUUUCAAAGGGAUAAACGACUAAACUUCGAAUUUUGGGAAUGGAUGCUGAUCUAUCGCUAUGUCCGAAUCGACCGAUAAUCCAUGAAAUAGUAAGUUUCGAUAUCAAAGAAAACAAUGAUGGGUGAAGCAACCCGCGAGGCAUAAUGCGGCCUGGUGGGGAGAUGAGAAGUCCACAUUCAUUUAUUAUUUGGAUUUGGAGACAGUCCAGUUUGACGAAGAAGUUCUGAAAAAAGGAUAGAUAAUAUUUACUUCUUAUUUCUUUUUUUAUUGAAAAACAGCUUAGAAUACAACUUUUACAUUGGAUCACACAGACAAUAUUUACAACACACAUGUGUUCUGUGCAUACAGCCUACUAAGUAGGCAAAAGGAUCCACCCUCAAAAUAAAACAUCACAGCAGUUCA